UCGUCGCCGUCGCGCCGCCCCGCGUCGCCCGCCGCCUCGCGGCCAUUGGCCCAAGGGGUUGCGACGCUGGCCAAUCGGGUGCGGCGCCCCCCACCACCACCCCCCACCGCGCGCGCUGUCGAGAAUUUGCCGUGGAAGGUUGGCGUAGGCGACUUCUGUGAGCGUCCCGCUAGGUCCGUGAAAGCGGUGGACUCCAGGCCUAGCAGUCCACACUUGCCCGCCACCAAGAAGCGAUGCGCACACGGGGGGACCCCGAACCUCAUCGGCCGCGCCUCCCUGCGGCAGCGUCCCGAGUCUCCGCGGAGCGCGGCGCCGCGCACACCCGCCACUCGCUCGCCGGACAAGCCGCGCUCCCCCGCCAAGCACGGGAGUCCGACGCAGAAGGUGGCACAGCUUCGCCGUUCGACCAGAGGUAGCAGUGCUUCACCGGCCACGGUUUCGGCCAAGCGCACACCGCAAAAAUCUCCCGCGCCGAAGACGAGCGAGAAACUAUCUGGGCUGGCCUCGAUCAAAACUCCCAACUCGAAUGCGGUCUCCUCACGUCACUCCACCCAGGGGAAGAACUCUACUCUCAGCCACUCGCCAAAACGGCCGCAGUCGCCCGCACUUUCGUCUUCAUCCAGAAAAUUAACCAAGGUCGUCAGGGUUCCGAUAUUGCCUGUGGAAUUGGGGCAUGCUGUGACACAGAGGUCGCCCGUCACCAGGACGAGGAGGACGCUGCCAGUUCUGUCUUCGUUGCCCAGCUCGGGCUGCCUUGUGCAUGCUUUGGAGCAUAACAAUCUGUCGCCCACAAAGUGUAUGCCUGUCGUGAGGCUCACGCCCUUAAAGAAGCUUGAAACAACCUGCGUAAAAUUGUCUCCCAGCAGCGUGAAGAACGACAAGGAGACAAAGAGCUCGGUGAGUGGUAUGCGGAUGCUGAGAUCGCAGCGUAAGGGAAUUUCUCUUUCCACAACACUCAGUAAAGUUGUGAAGAGUCUCUCCAGCGAACUGCUGACAGUAGACUCCUCAACGAAAGACGAAAAAACCUGCAGUCCUGAGUCUCCACAAAGCUCCCAAAAUUCACCGCUUCAAGAUACUUCUCAAAAUAAGCUGACAAUAAAUUCAUUUUACGGAACUAUAUUGGACAAAAGUGGAAAAGCUUGUUACAAGACACCACUGGACAGGAAGGCAGUGCGACUCAAAGAGGAGGAGGAGGUACACAUACCAGCAAAGAUUGUUUGCAAAAAAAUAUCUCAUUCUGGACACAUCUCAAAGACAGAAGUAAUACAGGUUCAGAGUAAGGCAGCCACAGCAGCGGCAGUGAAACCGUCAUCUUCGAAGGGUAAAGGGCACCUCGUAAGCAAGGUCGGUAGUGGUAGUGCUGACAGGAGUCCAUCCAGCCCCAUGAACCAGCUCUCCGACCUGAGAAAACGAUUCGCGGAAUUGGGGGAGGAGGCGGAGGAGGAGCUCAAGGAGGCAAAGAGGAAAAAGUGUGAAGCUGAGAAUUGUGAGGCCAGCAAUGGCGAGACCAGCAAUGGUGAACACGUAGUUGACGAGGUGCCAGCCGAUGAGACUGACGAAGAGGCAGAAAAAAGCGCCGCGAACAACGUUGCUUUAGUGGCAGAGGAGCCCUGGAAGAAGAUCUGGAAGAAGACGGAGUCGGACGCAGCCAAACAGAAGCCACGGAUUUACGUGGGAGCUGCGUUCUUCAGCCCUAAGCUAAUUCGGCCAGGAAAAAUGCGCAGUAACAUGGCACGGGUGGGCAAUGCAAGCAAUGGCAUCAGAAAACUGGCGAUUGGGACAGCCUCACCAGCCACCGGCACUAGCAGAGGGACCAGACUCUUUGCUGAGAGCCACGAGUCAAAGAUGUUUAUUCCCUCUACAUCCUUCGUGUAUGAAGCAUCGGCCACCGAUUGCAAGCCUCGAGUGGUUGCACCAGUUGCUGGCGCCGACAGGAUCAGUGAUUAUGACGAUGCAGAUGAUGGCACUGUGUCAGUGGCAGCGGUGGAUGAGGGCGGUAAAUGUGGGAGUGGACAAGCGAGAGGGAUGACUUUCAGCGUGAAGAGCCUAUGUGAGGACUGGGAGGAGAUUGCGGCCGAGAGUGGUACAGCUUUGUCCAAGGAUGCAGAGCUGGCGCCAUCGGAGGAUGCAGUGUCGCUAUCGUCAUGUAAAAAACAUGCCUGCAAAGCAGAGGACGACAGGGAGUGUAGUGAAUCUCCGGUGACGAAAGCCGUGUACCCGAUAUUCGACACGGCAGGCCGCUCUGCACCACCUGGUGGGAGGUUAAAGGGGGGCAAGCAUCCACUUUCACCACGGCAGGGCACGCCGGUGCCCCCCACCACACCCGUGCUGCCCCCUCCGUCGCCACCAUGUUCCCCGGAAAAUACUGUGGACGCCGCCUCGUCGUCGCCACCACCCGCUGUUAUUCCUGCCGUCAAACCGGACCCCGUGUCCACCCACAAACUCCGGAGGCCUCGCAAGCAGACGGAUGACGACGAACAGCUCAUCAUUGAUGCGGGGCAGACGCGCUUGGGCGUGCAGACUUGUGACACGUGCGGGAUGAUGUACUCGGCUGCCAGCCCCGAGGAUGAGGCCCAGCACCUACAAUUCCACAAGCGCUUCAUCAGCACCAUCCGCUUUGUGGGCUGGAAGAAAGAGAGGGUGAUUGGGGAGUUUCCUGAUGGAAAGAUCAUCCUAGUACUUCCUGGGGACCCCAAAUACGCUCUGAAAAAGGUAGAGGAGGUGCGGGAGCUGGUGGAUGCAGAUCUCGGCUUCCACGUGGCGGGCUUGCGCAAUCCAUCCCGCACCAAGACUCUGCUCUUUGUGUCCAACGACAAAAAGGUGGUGGGCUGUCUCAUCGCCGAGCACAUCACCAAGGGUUACCGAGUUUUGCCAGAUAAGCAGAUAAAGCCAGACCAGGAUGCCGCCGCCUCGCCACAAACGGCCUGCGCUGGCGACGACACAAAACCCGGAGCGGCUCCACUGCUGGAUGGUGAGCCGGCUGACAUCAACGGGGCAACCAGAUCCCCGCAGCCCACAACGGCGACGACCAAAGUUGAGACGUCACCGGAGCAAAGCAGCAGACCUCCCCAGGAAGGGGAUGGGCGAGGAGAGGGUGAUGGAGCGGCGGUGGCCGUGGCGGCGGUGCCGGUGGUGGCAGCAGCAGCACAGGGUCUCGGCGAGCCGCUCGAGGCACUUCUGGAGAGGCAGCAGGCGUGGUGCUGCUCCUCCGUGGCAGAGCCAGCCAUUUGUGGCGUGAGCCGCAUCUGGGUGUUCAGCCUCAUGCGCCGGCGUGGCAUCGCCACUCGCAUGGUGGACUGUCUGCGGAGGAACUUCUCGUACGGAGUGUACCUGAGUAAGAACGAGCUGGCCUUCUCGGACCCCACUCCGGACGGCAAGCUGUUCGCCAUGCGCUACUGCCAGACUCCACGCUUCCUCGUCUACAACUUCAUCAACUGACGAGACCCACCGGGGACGGACGGGUCGUGCUGUGAAACCUCCCGACUUCUGCAGCCAAAGAUCGAUGUCUGGUGUUUGCGGCAAGGAUUAAUUCAGGAUGUUGAGAUGAUGGUGGAGCCUUGUGGGAUUAUAGGUCGAUUUUCCUUCAUUGGCCACUGGAGAGUGUGCUAUCAAGUGGGUUCCACUGUAAACGUUGGUUUGCAUUUCGUUUUAAAUGCCUUCAAAGUUUACCUGUGCUGCGGGUUUGUGCGCCGCGCGUGACCUCGGGAGCCCGCAGAGAGCUUUAUUUUUGUCCCUUCCACCCGCUCUCGUCCGUGCACCAUCAAGCCUGUACUUCUGCAGCAGCUACAUCCAUGCUCAAUGGCGUAGCGUGGUUGCCAUGGGCUCUGGUGCAAGGCGUGAAAUUGGGGCCCCUGUCAAAAAAUGUUCCACUCCUUCGUAGCCCGACGCCGGGGCCCAUACAACCUAUGGGCUCCGGUGCAGUUUUAACUGCACACUUGAUAGCUACGCCACUGCACACUUGUGGCUGCACGACCCUGCCGAUUAAUCUGUGCUGCAGAUCCAACCCUUUUGGGCAUUUUCAAGUUAUUAUACGUCAAGGGUCAGAUUUACAUCUAAACCAGGUGGCCAACUCUCUUUGCUCGCGCAAUUUUCACCAUUGUUAGUAAAGAAGACAUCGUCACACUUUUGCCAGAAAUGGUACAAAGGGAGAAAACUCUCAAACACAUGAAUCAGAGACCCUGUCAGCGCGUUUGCCGAGACCUGAAAGCUGGCUUGCAAGUUGCCGUAAAUAUGAAUGUACAGUACUAGAGUGGUGGGUGGCUUGUGCCCAGAUAGCCUCACUUUGGGAGAAUGUGGCUGGUAAGGGCUGCAGGCCACUACCAUGUUGGGCUUUUUACGGAAACUGUUAGCCACGGGUUUGCCCUGAUAGCGAUCAGAAAAUACCCUUUUUGGGAUAAAUUUAAGCCCGUAUCCUAGCAGCUCGUGUAAAAACCCUUUCCUAGGAUUAAUGACUAAUGGUGCCCAUUGCCGUGUGCCAUUCAGUAUAAAAUAACUAAUGUUCAGCCCCUUGUCAAUCCACUGCUGGAUGAAGGCCACCACACGCGCUGUUGGUCAUGGGGGUUUUUUUGGCCAUAUUUUAUUAUGGUCAGUGCCCUUUCAGUACGGCACUUCAGAGCUCGUAUUUAACCAAACCUUUCACGGGGGGAAUCUGGAAAGCCCACUGCACUGCAUAAGCAUUUCCACUCGGACCUUUGCUACCUUGCGUGCCUUCCUGGUAUGUGUGGCCAUCAGCUGCCCCCCACCCCCUCCAUGCGUCUUGCCCCUGCAUCUAUUGAUGGCAGGGAGUGUUGAAGUUUUUCACAAGUUCAAGACCAAGUGCCAACACUCGACAGUGUUGCUUAAUCAAAGUGUGUUCGAGUGUCCGUUUUUCUUUUAAUGCCUACGGUAGCAGUUGGGGCAUUGGAGUAUUUCAUCCUGUUCAUGAGCGUUGCAGCAUUGAGACAUUUAUUUUGGGAUGAAGUUAGUAUAUGUCGUGAUCAUUUUUUUAAAACAAAAAGCGUUAUUUGAACCUUUAAAAAGGAAUAAAACAUUGAUUGUA